AUGGCACAGUCAACAGUGUUACCAAUGCAUUGUUUAUAUGGCAUAUUUUUAGAAGGAAAUUUAAAAAUUCAAAAAAAUGACCAAGAGGGAUUAAAGAAAUUUAAAGAUAAUAUAAAGAAAUUUACAUUAGAAUUGGAUGAAAUCGAUAAGAUAUCACCACAAUCUAGAAUUGGAGGUGCAAUUUGUUUUAGUUCUGAUAUUUGGGACACUGUAACAAAGAAAAUAUCAAAACCAAAAGAAUUGAAAUCCGUAAACACUUUAAGUUCAUACAUGCCAGGCACAUCUCAAAGAGACAUCCUCAUUCAUAUUAUCUCUGAUAGAAUGGAUACGUGCUUUAAACUAGCACAAGAUACAAUGAGAAAUUUCGGUGAAGAUCAAUUAGAUAUCAAGCAAGAGAUUCACGGAUUUCGUAGAGUUGAAGAAAGAGAUUUGACCGACUUCAUCGACGGUACUGAAAAUCCUGACGGUGACGAACUGCGUACACAAUAUGGUCUCGUUGCAGCCGGCCAGCCAAAUGAAUUUGGCAGUUACGUUUUCACUCAACGGUAUGUUCACAACUUAAAGAAAUGGUAUCCUGAACCAUUAUCAGUUCAGCAAGAUACAGUUGGAAGAACUAAAAAAGAUUCAAUUGAAAUACCAAGAGAUAAACGUCCAAUUACUUCACAUGUUUCACGUACUGAUCUAAGUGAAAAUGGUAAAGAUUUGAAAAUAGUUAGGCAAUCUCUCCCCUAUGGUCAAAUUACUGGUGAAAAAGGUCUGAUGUUUAUAGCAUACGCUUGUAGUUUACAUAAUAUUGAAAAACAACUUCAAAGUAUGUUUGGUCAAUUAGAUGGUAAACAUGACCUACUCUUAAAAUAUACAACACCAGUAACUGGUAGUUUUUAUUUUGCACCAUCAAAAAAAGAAUUAUUAGAAUUGUAA